CAACUUUGGCAUGGCACACAAACGUUUUAGCGCGGUUGCUCGUACAAUUUUUUCCAUCAUAAAAUAAGUAAAGGACAGAGUUAUAAAAUCGAUUGCUAAGAGCAAAAGAUACUAAAAUGCCGAUGUCAUCGGAGGUUAAUUUAGCGGAAGUGUUUUUCAAUGAAGAGGACCUACCGUACGAGGAGGAAAUCCUUCGGAACGCCUACUCGGUCAAGCACUGGAUGCGCUACGUAGAGCACAAACGAAACGCACCAAAGUUUGUCAUAAAUACGGUAUUCGAGCGUGCCCUCAAGGAACUGCCCGGCUCCUACAAGCUGUGGUACAACUAUUUGAAAACGCUGCGCCGGCAGGUGAAGGGCAAAUGCAUUACCGAUCCGGAGUACGAGGAGGUGAAUAAUGCGUUCGAGAGAGCGCUAGUUUUCAUGCACAAGAUGCCCCGAAUCUGGAUGGACUAUUGCUCUUUUAUGACCGGUCUGUGCCAGAUCACUCGCACACGGCAAGUUUUUGAUCGUGCCCUGCGGGCACUGCCCAUUACCCAACACCAGCGUAUUUGGCCGCUAUACCUGGCGUUUCUGGGAAAGUUCGAUAUUCCGGAGACGGCUGUGCGGGUGUGGCGUCGGUAUUUGAAGCUUUGCCCGGAAGAUGCUGAAGAGUAUGUAGAAUUUUUGGUUUCGAUUGGGCAUUUAGAUGAAGCUGCACAGCAGCUGGCCAGUAUAGUGGACAAUGAGAACUUCGUUUCGAAACAUGGUAAAUCAAACCACCAACUGUGGAAUGAAUUGUGCGAAUUGAUUUCCAAAAAUCCAGAUAAAGUACACUCGCUGAAUGUGGAUGCAAUUAUACGCGGAGGUUUGAGAAGAUACACGGACCAGCUAGGGCAUCUGUGGAAUUCGUUAGCUGAUUAUUACGUUCGGAGCGGUUUGUUUGAUCGAGCGCGAGAUAUAUAUGAGGAAGCGAUUCAGACGGUCACCACAGUUCGUGAUUUCAGCCAGGUUUUCGAUGCGUAUGCUCAGUUUGAAGAGCUCAGUUUGAGUAAGGUAAUGGAAGAGAUGGCCAAAAAUCCGACACCUACUGAGGAUGACGAAAUCGACGUUGAAUUGCGUAUGGCACGAUUUGAGUAUCUGAUGGAAAGAAGGUUGCUUCUAUUGAAUAGUGUUCUGCUACGGCAAAAUCCACACAACGUUGCCGAAUGGCACAAACGAGUUGAGUUGUACGAAGGAAAACCGCAUGAGGUUAUCAAUACCUACACAGAGGCCGUUCAUACUGUUCAGCCAAAACUUGCGGUUGGAAAGUUGUACACCCUUUGGGUAGAAUUCGCUAAAUUUUACGAGAAAAACAAACAGCUGGCUGAUGCUCGAAUCGUAUUCGAGAAGGCAGUGCAGGUCGACUAUCUAAAGGUCGAUGAACUGGCCAGCGUUUGGUGCGAGUGGGCAGAAAUGGAGAUUCGCUCGGAGAAUUUUGAAGAUGCUCUAAAAAUCAUGCAAAGGGCUACGGCUAUGCCGAAACGAAAAGUUGCGUAUCAUGAUGAUACGGAAACGGUUCAAAUGCGUGUCUACAAGUCGCUCAAGCUGUGGUCGAUGUAUGCCGAUCUGGAGGAAUCAUUCGGUACUUUUCAAACCUGUAAACAGGUGUACGAUCGCAUUAUAGACCUGAAGAUUUGCACCCCGCAGAUCAUCAUUAACUACGGUCUGUUUCUGGAGGAACACAAUUACUUCGAAGAGGCAUUCAAAGCUUACGAGAAAGGCAUCUCGCUGUUCAAGUGGCCCAAUGUCUAUGACAUAUGGAACACGUAUCUGACGAAGUUUCUCCGUCGAUAUGGCGGACAGAAAUUGGAACGUGCUCGGGACCUCUUCGAACAAUGCCUCGAUGGAUGUCCACCUGAGCUGGCGAAAAAUCUGUAUCUUUUAUACGCGAAACUAGAGGAAGAUCAUGGCUUGGCACGCCAUGCGAUGGCGGUUUACGAGCGAGCCACAACAGCUGUUAAAGAGGAUGAAGCCUUCGCGAUGUUCAAUCUAUAUAUUAAGAAAGCGGCAGAAAUCUACGGUAUUCCACGAACGCGCCAAAUCUACGAGAAAGCAAUCGAAUCUCUCCCGGAGGCGCAAUCGCGCCAAAUGUGCAUGUUGUUUGCCGAGAUGGAAACCAAGUUGGGUGAAAUCGACCGAGCCAGAGCUAUCUACGCACAUUGUAGUCAAAUGUGCGAUCCCCGCAUCACAGCGGAGUUUUGGCAAACAUGGAAAGAGUUCGAAAUUCGACACGGCAAUGAGGACACGAUGCGGGAGAUGUUGCGAAUUAAGCGCUCCAUUCAGGCCACGUACAAUACGCAGAUCAAUAUGAUGUCCGCUACGUUGAUUAAUUCGUCCGUUACCGGAGCGGGCUCCGAUCAACCGGCCGAUGCGAUGAGAGCAUUGGAAGCGAAGGCAGCAGAGACAUCGGCUCGGGCGAUCGCGGCCGUUGGCGCCAGUGGCGGCAAUAUUAUGUUUGUUCGUGGUGAAACACAAGGUGGAAGUAAAAAGGCUGAUAAAGUGGUCAAUCCGGAUGAGAUUGACAUUCACGAAGAGGACGACGAUGAGGAGGGUGACGAAGAAGCUGAAGAUGGCGAUGGCGGAGAUGAUGAAGAGGACAUUAGCAAGAAAAUGCCGGUGCGGAAGCAAGCUGUUCCAGCAAAAGUUUUUGGUAGCUUAAGGAAAGAGGAGGAAGAAGAUGAAGAAGAUUGAAAAUUUUAAGAGGUAAAAAAUUUUGGCAGAAGUAUAGACUGUUCCGAAAAUUAUAAAUACAUCUUCUUUCUUGAAUAAAACAAAAAAUACAGGAUUUUUUGAGUCAUUUUAUUUUGAAAUAUAGAUACCGUAGAACGGGGCGAGAAACAGUCUGCGAUAUAUCUCGCAGUGUACAAAAAAUACUAUAAUGUAUAGAAUGAAUAU